AUGUUCGGCCCACCCUCACCGCUGUCAAAGAGCAGGCUGAGAGGGACGCUUCAAAGUCGAAGACUUUCGCCGAGGGGUUCCCCUCGAUCACCGGGAUCGGGAACCCCAAGUGGCGAGGGCAAAGUGUCCUUCGGCUUGCCCAACGAGGUCAAGUCUCCUAGAUUCCGCUCGGGCAAUAAGUCCGUGCCAGCACCGCUCAAGCUGGAGGAGCUCCAGUCCGAUGACGUCCCGAGCUCCAGUCCGAAGCGAGCCACAAGCCAGACGCCCCCAAUGUCUCCCACGAAGGAGUGGGGUGCAGAACGCGUGCAAGUGCUGUGCGCCUCCCCGGCCAGCGGAGCCGUGACUCCCAGCUUUGCGGUCAUCCCACCGCACUUGUCGGACAACGUCUUCCGGAGCAUUUCUGUUGCUUCCACGGCUCACACAAACUACACCAACUAUUCUGCAGCCCACAGUGACGACAGCUCCAUUGUGUCCGCAGCACAAGCAGCACUUGCAGCUGCUUCGGAAGCCAUGCGGCAGGAAGCAGUCAAAGCAGCAACGGCCCGGCAGCAGCUGGAAGACCAGUCCAGGCGCUUGGAGGCCCAACUGGCCGCCACCAACCAGAUCCUGCAGCCGCUUAUGUCGCCUCGAGUCCAGCAUCUCCUGCACCAGAUUCAAUCGCCGAAGCAUUUCGCGGCUCCACAAAGUCAAUCCACCCAGGCGCCAUUCCUCACACACGGCUAUGUUGGCGGCUACGGACACAGCUCUGGUUCCUGCUCUGCGGCUCCCGUUACCGUUCGAAGGACAGUUCGUGUUGCGCCGCCGAGAGUGGUUAGCCAGGUGCCCGUUGCCGCUGCCCCAAAGCAAGUGAUACCCGGUCCUGAGGCCACCCACCAGGAAGACAAUGCUAGGAUCGACCAACAGCAGCUGUCGACAUCAUCCUCCGUGGGCGUGCAAACAUCCUGCGAGCUGCCAAGUGAAGUGCCCGCGCAGGACCUCGUGCUCAAGGAGAUCGCGGAGGCAGUCGCAUUCGCCUCUCGAGAUCUCGGCACGGAGGGGCGUUCCUUGGAGCAAGUGAAGCAGGACCGCGACUGCAUUCGACAGGCCAUCGCCAAGGGCCGAGCUGCUGGUCUGUCCGAGGAGGAGCUGGCCACGGCUGAACAGCACCGGCGUCGACUACAUAAUCUGUACCAGGACUUGAAGGGGCAACUACGGGUCUACUGCCGAGUCAGGCCCCUGAACUCCAGGGAAAGACGGAUUGGUGACAAGGAAGCAAUGCAGGUCGUCGAUAAAAGCACCCUCGAGGUUCGUAGCACUGGCGACGUUUUCGAAUUCGAUGGAAUUUUCGGGAGUUCCGAUUCGCAGGCUGAUGUCUUCGAGGACUGCUGUGACCUGGCCCAGUCUGCUGUGGACGGUCAAAAUGUGACGGUGUUUUGCUAUGGCAUUACUGGCGCUGGCAAGACUUACACCAUGUAUGGGACUCCAGAAGAAGAUGGUUUGGCGCAGAGGAUGUUUGGCGAGGUUUUUGCGCAGGUUGACGUGCGACCUCAGGCGAGUGUUACAGUCAUGGGAUCCAUGAUGGAGCUGUACAACAACUACCUCGUCGAUCUCCUUCGCCCGAUUGACUGGCAAGGCACGCCGCGCGGCAAGGGCCAUGAGAUGCCACGAGGAGAGGAGCAUCGCGAACCACACGUGCACGCCUUGUGUCCCACAACAUUUCUGGCUCGAGAGUGGAGGGCGUUUCGUGUCGCACAGGCUGUCCCGGAAUCACAGAUGAGGCCCAGUUUGGUGGUCGCUGUGCAUGCAGCUGGAGAUUUGACCGACACAACCGAGCUGCUUAAACUUGGAGCAGCUUUGGCAAUCACGGUCGCCAUCUGCCGUUUACUGUGGGUGAAGGGCACAGGAUCGAGCAAGACAAAGGUGGCGGAGCCAGGAAGCCCUAAAUCGCCGGGAAACCGCUCGGCGACGCCUAAGGCAUCCAACGGCACUGCAGAUGAUCUUUGGAUUUACUACGGUUCUCAGACGGGGACGGCAGAAGGAUUCGCCCAGGAACUAGAGCAGGAGGCUGCAAACCACGAAAUCGGUGCCACAGUUGUCGAUCUGGAGGACUUCGAUCCAGACACUUUCAAGACGCACAAGGCCGUGGUGAUGGUACUCGCCACGUACGGUGAGGGAGAUCCCACGGACAAUGCCACAGAGUUCUUCAAGUGGCUGGCAGAUGACAGUGUGGACACAGACUACUUGAAGGCCUUAUUUCAAGUUCGGGAGUGGUAUGAUUUGUCGUGGUGUGACCUGCCCAGCUCGGUCCAGUUGGGCCAGGGAAUGAAGUUCACCAUCAUGGGCUGCGGAAAUCGACAGUACGUCCACUUCAACCAAAGUGCGAAAAUUGCAGAUCAGCGAUUGGAGUGCCUUGGUGCGGAACGCGUUUACGAGCGUGGAGAGGGCGACGACGACCAAAACAUCGAAGAGGACUUUGAACAAUGGCGAGAGAAUGGCUUGUGGCCAGCUCUGCGGAAGGCUUUGGGCCUUGCAGGGUCAGAGAACGCCAAGGACGAGCAUGCCGUGGAGACCGCGGAAUCGGUCGUGAAGCGUCUUCCUCUGAAGCUGGAAGUUUCGCAGAACAUUAGGAACUUGCCGGUGGACCCCUUGGUGCAGGUCGGUGGUGCAGACGUUCUCGGCAAGUGGUACUUCCAGGCAUCGCAAGCUUCUGUCGCUGUUUGCGACGAGCUGCGUCAAAAGCCCAAUGCCGAUGCCGGCAAGACCACGAAGCACAUUGAAUUCAACGUGCAGCAGCUACCAGCUGUGGACUGGCGAACUGCAGAUAACCUCGAGGCCACGGAUCCGAGUGUCUGUGCGAGCUUAAGUGCCACCUCAGCGUCGCCAUCGUUGUCCUCGCCGCAGACUGGUGAGGUUCUGCUACCGGGAGCUGUGAGGGGCACCACAGGUACACGUGGCCCCGUGGGCACCACGAGCGCCUCCAACGAGGCCACCCCAAUCAUAGCAAACACUUUAAGCAGCUCGACGACGCUGGCGAGUGUGGACACCGAGGAAGGGCAAGGACAGCCGGCAUCGCCUUUGAAUGUCGGGUCUUUGAGAUCCGUGAAAUCCGUGGACCAGAGAAGCAUGGCAGGAGGCGAGCCGGGCCCGGGGUACUUGACAGACAUCCAGGUGGGUCAGCUGGGCCAGAUAUUCAGUUUCGUGGACAAGAACGGUGACGGGAAGCUGACGAGGAAGGAACUGUUGAUUGGCUUGAAGAAGUCCCCUGCCGUCCGCACCCUCUUUGAGAUCUCUGGAAGCGAUCUAGAGCAUAUCCAAGCAGAUUUUGAGGGCCAAGGCCGCCUGGGCUCUGCAGAAGGGCGGUGGUGCCUCUUGACAUCGGCGGACGAUGUCUUGAAGAAGGCGGAGUUCAUCAAGCACUUUCUACAAAACCCAGAGCAAGCGCUCAAAGGGAUUCGUUUACACUGCGGUGAUCCUGACAGACCCAAGUUUACGGCAACGCAGGACUGGCAGCCUGUCCCUAAGGGAGCUGCUUGCCCUCCAGGCUUAGAGUACAAGAUGGAUCUGGCAACAGGAGAGACCCUCGGUCGCCUUUGCAAAAGCAAAACGUGA